AUGCCAAUUUACCUGCUGCUGCUUGUCGGGAUUACCCUCUCCCCCCUAUGUGCACAUAAAGGGGAGGCAACCGCCAGGUACAGCUACAUAACAAGCAGAAACAACGUACCAGUGGGGAGAUUAAGAAAUCUAAAAAAAUCCAGAACGAAGUUGCUCCUUUCACCCGGUGAACACAACGAACACGGGAUCAGAAUCCCGUCGUUGUUACUCUCCAAGAGAAUCAUAUUUCUGUCAUCUCCAGUGUAUCCCCACAUCUCCGAGCAGAUAAUCUCACAGCUCCUCUACCUGGAGUAUGAGUCCAAAAGAAAACCCAUCCAUCUAUACAUUAACAGUACAGGCGAUUUAGAAAACAAUAAAAUUAUAAACCUUAAUGGAAUCACAGAUGUCAUAUCGAUCAUCGAUGUGAUUGAUUACAUCUCGUCUGAUGUGUACACAUACUGUUUGGGAAAGGCAUAUGGCAUUUCCUGCAUUUUGGCUAGCAGUGGGAAAAAGGGGUUUCGCUUUUCGCUGAAAAACUCCUCCUUCUGUUUGAACCAAUCCUACUCGGUUAUCCCCUUCAAUCAAGCCACCAACAUAGAAAUACAGAACAAGGAAAUUAUGAACACGAAGAGGAAGGUCGUCGAGAUUAUUGCCAACAACACGGGGAAGGAGAAGAGCCACAUCGAGCGCAUUUUGGAGAGGGACAGGUACUUCAGCGCCACGGAGGCUGUGGAAUUCAACUUGGUGGAUCACAUCCUCGAGAAGGAGUAG